AUGGUGUCAAAAUUUGUUCAGCCUUGCGGCGAUGUCACUACGCAGCUCAACUUUUACUCGGCGCCCACGGACGGCCAGAAGCCGUUUGACUAUGUCGACAGUCCUCCACCAGGGCAGCCGCAGCGUAACUACUCUGACGAUCCUAACGAGGUGGUAAUUCGGGAUAUCCGUGGGCGCGAAAACGAUUUCACUCUUGACCGUGAUGCUUUUCAGAUCCUGCAGUCACUCGGGCCAUUCCCUCGAAUACAAAUAACAGAGGAAGCGAUCAAAGAAAUUUACUACCCCGAGAUCGAGAAGCUUCUUCUGAGCACUGUACCGGGCAGUCAUCAAGUCAUCAUCUUCGACCACACGUACCGAAAGGCCGACCCUGCCGCCCAUCGAACCCCCGUGCAGAAAGCACAUAUUGACCAGACAGCGGCCUCUGUCGAGAAGCGAAUCAGAAUGUACCUACCAGACGAAGCUGACCAGCUUCUGCAACGUCGCUAUAGACUCAUAAAUGUCUGGCGACCGCUCAACAAGAUGCCGGUAGAGUCUUUUCCACUGGCAUUUGCUUCAACAUCGUCACUCGAGGACCACGACUUCGUGCCGGUCAGACAUCAUCACCAGGAUGGAUAUAUAGGUGAAACAGCCUCGAUCAAGUACAACCCUGGGCAAAACUGGUAUUACCUUAGCGGAAUGACAGACUCGGAGUGUGUACUGCUGGAAUGCUUCGAUAGCGAAUCGCUCAAGGCGGACUCGACUAUCGGCGGGCGGGUCCCACAUACUGCAUUUCCAGACCCCCGAACCAGGCCGGGCGCGGUGCCCCGAGAGAGCAUCGAAGUGCGAACGCUGGUCUUUGGUCCAUGA